AUGUUCGCGCCACUCGCCAGCAAGCUUUUUGCCAGCAAGACUGGAGGGAGCAGCCGUGAAGUUGUCGAGUUGCAGUUUAUUCAAGCUGGCACACAAUACAUGGAUAUUCCUGCAGAGUUGGUGGAUGGUCUGCAAGAGUUGAUUUCAGUGCUCAGAGUGAGAGCUGAUCAAGGGGUGGAAAAUGUCGACAUUGCCCGGUGUAUGUUUACUGUCCGAGGUACAGGCCGUGGAAGCUUUAUAGCAGGCAAAAGUGUCCAUAACCAGAGAGUGGAACGCUUAUGGAGAGAUGUUUGGAGUUGUGUAACAUCAAACUACUACAGUGCACUACACAGCUUAGAGGAAGACGGCUUCAUUGACCUGUCUAAUGAGAUCCACCUUUUCUGUGUGCAAUAUGUGUUCAUACCUCGUCUGCGGUCAGAUCUACAGCAUUUCAUAGACAGUUGGAACAACCAUCCGAUCAGCACAGAGGCAAACCUUACACCUCAACAGAUGUGGACCAUUGGAAUGCUUCAAGCACCUGUGCCUGAGCCAAACUAUGCAGAGCUUCAGCUCAUUGAACAUCAGGGGGAGGUAUAUGAAGACACUGACCAUGGGGUUGUUGUUCCUGAUACUCCAUCCCCCCUGUCUGCAGAGAAUCUUGCUCUGCUGCAACAUGAAGUGAAUCCUAACUCUGACUCCUUAUCCUUUGGUCGGGACAUAUAUCUGCGUGCUCUUCAUUUUGUAAUGAAAACCCUAGUGUUUCUGGCCAGAAAACCUUGCAACCUUCCAUGUUUCCGACCCGGUGGCAAUCUCACGGCUCUGUUCUUGUUCUUGCAGAAAAACAAACAGCUUUAUCGCAGCCCAAUGUAA